GCUAUAGACAGACUUUGGCACUCGCUGUUGGGCAAAUACAAGAAUGACUUCCCUGCGGCUCUUAGUAUUGAAUAUCUUUUGGUUCCUUCAUUGUGCCUUCACAAUAACAAAUGCUGAUUUGAUAAAUCGCCUCCCCGGGCAGCCCUCUGAUCUUAACUUCAAUCAGUAUUCUGGCUAUAUUGUUACUGAUGAUUAUCAUGGAAGAGCUCAAUUCUACUAUUUCGUUGAAGCUCAAUCAAAAAAUAAACUUUCGUUCCCUCUGACACUUUGGCUUGGUGGAGCAUACGGGUGUUCAUCUUUUGGUGUCGGCGUUUUUGCGGAAAAUGGUCCAUUUAGGCCCGGGAAAGAUGGCAACUUGACAAAGAAUGAUUUUUCUUGGAAUUUAGCGUCCAAUAUGCUCUACGUAGACUCUCCCAUUGGGACCUCAUUUUCCUACUCCAAUUCAACUUCAGACUAUAAACACUGGACUGAUACCAACACAGCAAAUGAAAAUAUGAAAUUCCUUCUUAAGUGGUUUGAGAAAUUCCCUGAAUACAGCAAUCUAGAUUUCUAUAUUGCGGGUGAUAGCUAUGGAGGUCACCUAGUCCCUCAACUCGCUACAAAAGUACUCGAGUACAACACAAAACCACAUGUGAGACCGAUCAAACUCAAAGCCAUUGCAAUUGGAAACCCAUUUCUUGACAUCCGGAUAAGUCUAAGUGGGGUUGAAAACAUGUGGCAUCGGGGGAUGAUUUCGGAGGAGAUGGUGAGCAUGCAGAAGAGUGUUUGUAGCAUGGCAAGGUACUAUACUGAGUACGCGAGUGGGAAGAGGACUAAAGCCUGCCAUGAUAUGAUGCUCAAGUUAUUACAGGAAAAUGGGGAUGAGCUUGAUGUUGACGAUAUGCUCAUGCCAAUAUGUCUCACCACUGAUGAUAAUUCUUCUUCCUCACCUCAACAUUAUUAUAGGGGAGGUGCAAGUGAAACGAGCAUUCAUGAUCCUUGCAUUUAUGACAACGUAAAGGCAUACUUAACGAAGCCAGAUGUACACAGAGCUUUGCAUGUCGCUCCUUUGCCAUUUCAUUGGGAUACAGAAUGCACGGGGCUUGCUAAUCAACGGACACCGCAGUUUGAGAUUAAUAUCAUUCCUACAUUGUCAUUACUUCUACGACGUCAUCUCCCAGUAUUGCUCUACAGUGGUGAUCAAGAUCUAAUGGUACCUGUGGCGCAGACUAGGAAGAUUGCGUACAUGCUGGCUAGAGAUUUGAAGCUCACCACGCUGCAUAAGAAUGGACCUUGGUAUGAUGGCCAUCAGGUUGAAGCUCGAGCUUGCUACAUGUGCCCGUUGCUCGGGUGAUCCUUUGCAGAGAAGACGUGAUUGGGGGAUGGAGUCAAACAUUUGGUAAAUCUAGGAGAGGCAAAAACAUGACAUACUUGACAUUUGCUACAAUAAAGGGUGGAUCCCACUAUGCACCAAAUACUUCUCCAUCGGAAGCUCUCAUACUGUUUAAGUCGUUUCUUAAAGGAUCUUCACUGCCACGUAGAUUUAUCUAGUACCAUUGGCAAACAUAACAAAUUGUUAAAUUUGUCAUCAAGUAUGUGUGUGUGUGUGUUAUAAUAGAAAAUGCGUGUAAAUAACUAGUAAUGAAAGUGUGAAUAUUAUGAGAAUAUGACUUGAAUGCUCAAACUAUGAACACUACUAUAACGAUUAUUUAUGGGUUACUGUUAUUGAUUUUCAUACAUAUUGUAUGCCUUUUCUUUUCUUUUGAUAUACAAGAUUUCCU